AUGAUGCAACAGCUAAUGGAAAGUCAACAACAUAUGAUGGAAAGGCAAGAGCAAAACGCCCAAGAGAUUGAAAACCUUGAGUUCAAAAUGACGAACGACUAUGGUCAUCUCAACAGAAAAGAUGAUGAGAUAUUUGCAAAGCUCUUUGAUCUAACCAAUCAUGUGAAGAUGCUUGAGGUACAAGUUGCUCAAACAGCAGAAGGUAUGAAGAGGCAAGAGGGUUUUCUUCCAAGUAAGACUGAGUUAAAUCCAAGAGUUUGCAAAGUUAUCACAACUCAGAACAAGGACGUAGUCUCACCAGCCCCUAGAGAUAAUUCAACCCUCAAAAACCCAUUGGAAUGGCCUGAAGAUAAUGAGCCAAUCUACAAGGGACCUCAUCAAGAAAGCUGCAUGAGAUGGAAGAUCCAGGGCAAUUUGUUUUCCCAUGCACAAUCAAUGCUUAUAGAAGACGAGCUUGGAAUAGUUGACAUUAAAGACUCUCAAACAUCACUGAAGUUUGGAAACGCCUCUACUAUUACCCCAUAUGGCUUUGCUCAAGAUAUAUUGGUACAAGUGGGAGGUUGUCUUGUUCCGACAGAUUUUCAUAUUCUAGAGAUGAAUGAGGAACCCCUAACGCCAUUGGUUUUUGGUAGUUCCUUCCUUGCAACAGUUGGAGCUAAUGUGGACUAUCCAAACCAAAGAGUUUCUUUCUCUAGAGUAAAGAAAAGAGUCUUUUAUCCAGCAGUCCCUACCAAGAACUCUUAUUGUAUACCCAUUAGGAAUGGCAGCAGAUUGAGUUUAGACCAUGGAGAAGAGAAGGAGAAGCCUCAAAACGUUUCCAAGCAAGCUCUUUACAUAAGAUCUUAUGAAGUUAUCAAAUCAGUGAACUCUGAUCAUGAAAGUUGCUUAAGAGACAAGGUUUCAACUGUAAUGCCUAAAGAGUGUGAUGCAGAUAGUUCUAAGGAAGUUUUCCACUUGGAGAGACGUCCUAGAGCCCCUCUAAAACCAGCACCAUCCGACACUCCUUGGUUUAGAUACAUUGCCAACUAUCUUGCUGCUGAUCAUCCACCACCCCAAUUCUUUGGCUACAAGAAGAAGAAAUUCUUACGUGAUGUUAGAAGGUACUUUUGGGACGAACCUUAUCUUUAUAAACAUUGUUCUGAUGGUAUGUUUAGAAGAUGUAUUCCAGAAGAAGAAGUCCCAGUAGUUCUCUUUGCUUGUCAUGGAUCUGACUAUGGAGGACAUUUUGCUACUAACAAGACUGUUGCUAAGAUCUUGCAAGCUGGUUUUUGGUGGCCCACCAUGUUUAAGGACGCCCAUGACUUCAUCUCUAGCUUGAUUUGA